AUGAUCAUUUGUUUUCGCAACGACCGAAGAAGUUUUGACAUCAUAAUAGCCCACAGUGUUCAACGGCGCGCGCCAGUUGCGAGACGUUAGGCUCCAGGGUGAACAACAUACGUUACACUCCUACUCUUCCAAAAGUCGUGCUCAGAGCCAAAAUCAUUAGAAUUUUUUCAAUCUUCGUGUAACAGGGGAUAUCUGAGGAUUUUGAAGAGGAACAACUUACUUGUCUGGCGACGCAGUUUACAGAUACAAAGAUGAUGGCAUCCACUGUUGAAAAGGCAGCGGCAUUCCCGAGAACACAGCUUAGCACUGUCAAGGAAAAACGGCCAAAAGAAGCAAUCAUAAAACCGCGGGGUUUUGCCUUCACGGCCGAAGACCUGUAUAAUUAUCUGCACCAGAAGACUGGAAAUGUUGAGACAAUUAACAUUGAAGAGUCUAAGAGCAAGAAACUGGAAGAAAAUGGUUCAGGAAUGGAGAAACCUUCUUCAUUUUGCAGAAUCUGUAACAAGAUCUAUACAAUCCGCUGCCCUAUUCAUCCACCCUCUAGCCAAUCGGAGCCGAGCCUGCCAGGAGACUGGAACAGCUACGCCUUGAAAUCUUUCCCGGAUGUAGUUCAGCUGUGUAAGUCCAGCAUACCUGGCAAGAAGCAUGGAGUGUCCGCGAAACAACACAUUCCUGUGGGCACGUGGAUCGGACCCUAUGAGGGAAAACGGAUUAAUCCCGAAGAUGUCAAACCCAGUAUGGACUCUUCUUACCUGUGGGAGAUCUACAAAGAUGGCCAAAUUUUGUAUUACCUCGAUGCAACGGACGAGAACUCGUCCAGCUGGAUGCGAUUCAUUAAAUGUGCUCGCCACAGAAGCGAGCAAAACCUGUUUGCUUUCCAGUACUGUGGCAACAUUUAUUACCGAGCGUUCAGGGAUAUUCCUGUAGGAACAGAGCUGCUUGUGUGGUACGAAGAUAUCUACCCACAAUAUUUUGGUAUUCCGAUAAGCAUUCACGACUUGAAUUCAACGGGAUCCAGGCCUUACCCAGUAAUGCCAACGACUUACACAGAUGGACAACAGGUCUCCCCCAUUCCUCCUCCGUCAAUAACAGCUGGAAAACAAGCCUCUGCUCAAUUACAAACAUCUUCUAAUAGGAGAUCACCACGUGACUCACCUCCGACAAGACCUACGCAGACUCCAAGCGCGACAGAAGGAGAGGUCCAUGUAAAAAAACAGGCUCCAAAGGAAAACAUCAAGAGGAAAUGUGAAGAUAGCAAUGGCAGCAACAAGAAGGCGAAGAUGCAGAACACGCCCAAGACUGACGGACCAAAGGAGAUGCUUAGGAAAUUGGAGGAAGCGCGUCUCAAGGACCUACAGGACAAGACGGAGUUGCCAUGUGAAUGGCCUCGUGUUGCUGAUGGGGAAUUCAUCUUGGAAAAUGGCGAACCAAAGAUCUGGCAUUGUGGUCAAUGCGACAAGUCUUUCGCUCAGCGCAGCUUGCUUCAAAUGCAGAUCUGUGCAAGAAAUCCAAACAGACCUUACCAAUGCGGCCACUGUUCGCAGGAGUUUGCGCAUCCUAACGAGUUGCGUACGCAUGCUGUCAUUCAUUCAGGGAAAAAACCAUUCAAGUGCGGGUUUUGCUCGCGGACUUUCGCCGGAGCAACAACUCUUAACAACCACGUCCGAACCCACACAGGAGAAAGGCCUUUUACCUGCAACAAGUGCUACAAAACAUUUUCACAAGCAUCGCAACUUAGCAAGCACAAAAGAUCUCUCUACGAGUGUUUGCCCAGAGACAAUUACAUUCAAUCGGUGCACUUUAGCCUUCAGCUGACACAUUUUAUGACAAGGAAAUCGAGCAAACAAGACGUGUCCUGCAAAAUGUCACAUCUGUUUAGUGAAGAGGCUAAAAAGAGGCUUGAGCUAAAUUUGUUGAAUCAGAUUGCUUUGCCAUCUAACCUGGAACCCAAUGCAUCUUCACAUCAGAGCCCCAGAUAUUUCACCCCUUCAGAAGUGUUUACCGUCCUUUAUGGCCAAACAACACGAUGGCAGGUGAAUAAAGAUGAAAUUGGUUCGCAGUCAGCAGGGCGUUUUGUAGAACAAGAAGCACUCAAUCCAGCAUGUGAACUUUGUCAAUCGAUGCCCCGUGGCUCAUGCGCCCUGCAUAGGCAAUCCACUCAGCCUUUGAUUGACAAACGUGUAAGCUACGCCGUCAAGUCCUUACCAACGGAAUGUAAGCUUGGAGUCUCCUACUCGGCUGGGGAGGGGUACGGUGUGUACACCAAUCAGCCCAUUCCUACGGGAACAUGGAUUGGUCCAUUUGAAGGAAGACGAAUUCGUCCACGUGACGUCACAUCAGAAAUGGAUACGUCACACAUGUGGGAGAUAUACGAAGGUUCCACAUUGUCUCAUUACAUUGACGGGAGUGACGAGAGCUGCUCCAGUUGGAUGCGAUUUAUCCGCUGCGCAAGACAUAAGGGCGAGCAGAACUUGUAUGCAUUUCAGUUUAACGGAAACAUUUACUACAGAGCGUUCAAAGAUAUUCCAACAGGCACAGAGCUGCUUGUAUGGUACGAUGACAAAUACCCGAUGUACAUGGGCAUUCCAUUCGUUAGCGCUUUUCCAGGUGAAGCUAGUUCAGCCACGCAUGACAAAAAACAAGACAAAAUGGUACCGCAACAGUCCAACCGACCAAUAAACUCAAUAUCAUCCUCAGUAAAACCUCAAGACACUACCCGAUAUACAAGAACAGCCUCUAGUUCCCAGUUCACGCCAAGUACAAGUCCUGUUUGGAGUUCUCAAGAUACGAAAACUCCGCCGACUGAUGCAAAAAGACUACCUCCGCUUAUUCCGACAUACACCUUGAACCAAAGACGACCAUCGUUAGAGAGCGUACCACGAGACCAGAGGUCUCCUUUGAAAAGUGACGUGAAAAGUGACGUCGCUAACCUAGGCAACAAUAGAAUACCCAGUCCAACUAGUCAAACAAGCGAGUUAACAUCAUGGCGAUGUCAACAGUGCCAUAAGACUUUCACUCAGCGAGUUGCAUUACAAAUGCACGUUUGUCCAACCCAACCAACCAAACCUUACCAAUGCGGACAGUGCAGUAAGACAUUCACUAACUCCUCAGAACUGCGCGCGCACGUGGUAUCUCAUACAACAGAGCGGCCGUUCAAGUGCGGCUUUUGCUCGCGCACGUUCGUUGGGGCAACGACGCUGAAUAAUCACGUGCGGACUCACAUGGGUCAGAAACCUUUUAGCUGCGAGAAGUGCGGCAAGACAUUUUCACAGGCUAUGCACCUCGCGAGACACGCGCGGGAAUCGUGUGACCUCGUGAAGGAAAAAAGUAGAACUGAUACUGGCACAGCACAUACGCUGUCGACCUUCUAAGCCACGAGGGUUUUUUUCAUGCUACAUUAUUUUUUUAAAAAAGGAGUAAACUGCUCUUUAUUUAGUCGAAAGAAACCUCAAAUUAUGGAUAAAAAUGUGAAAAUAAGAUACUUAAUCAAACUGAAAAACAAAAAAAGUCAGAAAAGAUUAACGGAGAAAUUGCACUUUGCGUUCUUGCAAAAAAAUGCCUGCGCGUUUAUUGAAAGAUUUUUUUAACCAAUGUACAUCACAGGAUCAGAGGUAUAUCGCAUUACUAUUUCACUGUGUAGGUAGACAAAGGAAAUAAAAUUUUUGAACACGUCA